CCGGUGCGCGGGGUGCGGUUCCGGGUCGUGGCGCGGCUCGGGGCAACAGGGCUGCUGUUCGGCCGGCCAGCGGCAGCGAGCGGCGGGGAUAUGAGGGCGAGCCCGGAAAGCGGCUGCUGAGCCGGCCGGGAGGAGCGCCAGUCCCCGAGGAUUCCGAGAGUGCGGAGCUGGGGCAGGGACCGGGGGGCACGGGGGAGCCGGGCCCUCCCCCCAGGAACGUGUCCCAGGGCCAUCCCGGCCCGUAGUGUGGCAGCAGCUUCAGGUGUGUCCGUGGACAAGUUUGAGAGGCACGGUACUGUACCAGGCUCCUUUUACCUGGAUCUUGGCAGAUGAAGACUGCAGCAGAAACUACAGAGUCUCCAAAGACCGAGAUUCAGAAAUCCCACAUUACUUUGACUACAUUCUGUUGGUCAAAGCAAAUGACAAGUAAGCCCAUUGACAGAAGGAGCUGAAAAGACUCAAAAAUCUACCAUGGACUUUGGGCAAUUGAGCCCGUGAAACAAUAUGAAGAGGAGAAAAUAGCCUUUUAAGGAAAUUGGCCCACAGAAAGGAUGGCCUUCUUGGACAAUCCAACUAUCAUUCUAGCUCAUAUUCGACAGUCACAUGUGACCAGUGAUGACACAGGAAUGUGUGAGAUGGUUCUCAUUGAUCAUGAUGUUGACCUAGAGAAGAUUCAUCCUCCUUCAAUGCCUGGAGACAGUGGGUCAGAAAUUCAGGGAAGCAAUGGUGAGACUCAGGGCUAUGUGUACGCCCAGUCGGUCGAUAUUACCUCAAGUUGGGACUUUGGUAUUAGAAGACGCUCAAAUACAGCUCAAAGAUUAGAACGACUCCGAAAAGAGAGACAAAACCAGAUCAAAUGCAAAAAUAUUCAGUGGAAAGAAAGAAAUUCUAAGCAAUCAGCCCAGGAGUUAAAGUCACUGUUUGAAAAAAAGUCCCUCAAAGAGAAACCUCCAAAUUCUGGGAAGCAGUCGAUAUUAUCUGUACGCCUGGAGCAGUGCCCCCUGCAGCUGAAUAAUCCCUUUAACGAGUACUCCAAAUUUGAUGGCAAGGGUCACGUGGGCACAACAGCGACCAAGAAGAUCGAUGUCUACCUGCCCCUGCACUCGAGCCAGGACAGACUGCUGCCAAUGACGGUGGUGACCAUGGCCAGCGCCAGGGUGCAGGACCUCAUCGGGCUCGUCUGCUGGCAGUACACGAGCGAAGGACGGGAGCCGAAGCUCAAUGACAAUGUCAGUGCCUACUGCCUGCAUAUUGCCGAGGAUGACGGGGAGGUUGACACAGACUUUCCCCCACUGGAUUCCAACGAGCCCAUUCAUAAGUUUGGCUUCAGUACUUUGGCCCUGGUUGAAAAGUAUUCAUCUCCCGGUCUGACAUCCAAAGAGUCACUCUUUGUUCGAAUAAAUGCUGCUCAUGGAUUCUCCCUUAUUCAGGUGGACAACACAAAGGUCACCAUGAAAGAAAUCUUGCUAAAGGCAGUGAAGCGAAGAAAAGGAUCCCAGAAAAUUUCAGGCCCUCAGUACCGCCUGGAGAAGCAGAGCGAGCCCAACGUCGCCGUGGACCUGGAGAGCACCUUGGAGAGCCAGAGCGCCUGGGAGUUCUGCCUGGUCCGCGAGAACAGUUCAAGGGCAGACGGGGUUUUCGAGGAGGAUUCGCAGAUUGACAUAGCUACAGUGCAGGAUAUGUUGAGCAGCCACCACUACAAGUCAUUCAAAGUCAGCAUGAUCCACAGACUCCGCUUCACGACCGACGUCCAGUUAGGUAUCUCUGGAGACAAAGUGGAGAUAGACCCUGUCACGAGUCAGAAAGCCAGCACCAAGUUCUGGAUUAAGCAGAAGCCCAUCUCGAUCGAUUCUGACCUGCUCUGUGCCUGUGACCUUGCAGAAGAAAAAAGCCCCAGUCACGCGAUAUUUAAGCUCACGUAUCUAAGCAAUCACGACUAUAAACACCUCUACUUUGAAUCUGACGCUGCUACCGUCAAUGAAAUAGUGCUCAAGGUUAACUACAUCCUGGAAUCGCGAGCAAGCACUGCACGGGCUGACUAUUUCGCUCAAAAACAAAGAAAACUGAACAGACGCACAAGCUUCAGCUUCCAGAAGGAAAAGAAAUCAGGGCAACAGUGACAGUGGCCUCCAGCUUCAGUCUGUGGCCGGAGCGCAGAGCCGCCUGCUGGGGCCAGGUGGCUCUCGCCCACCCUGUGUCCUGCGGUCCUCGGGGAGGCCAGCUCCUGGCUCACGGGGACAGGGCUGGUGGGCUCCAGGGGAAGGGGGGCACUCCCUCGGACAGAGCUGGGGACAUUUCCACGGGACCGGAGCCUGACUGACAGUGGCUUCGCCGAGCAGUGCCCGGGGCCGGACGACACGGCGAGGAGCCCUGAGAGGCCCUGCCAUCUUCACUGCCUGACAGCCCGCGCAAGGAUGUACAUAGCCGCGCCCAGACGUGUCCUUGCAGCUUGAUCAAAUUUCCUAAAACAACCGAAGAACAAAAGUGUACAUUUCUUUUUUUUCCUUCUUCUUCCUUUUAAUAAACUCUUUAUCAUG